AGGAAGGCAGUCAGGGCGGAGGUCGCGCGGCCCCUUCUCGGUUCUCUUUCGGUUCCAGUGUCCAUCAUGCCAAGUACUAGAGCUCGGUCCCAGAGUCAGAACACCAUCAACUUUCCAAAGCGGAAGUCAGUCAGGAAACUUCGUAAGCCUCUAGAGAAUGACAGGGGUUCGGAGUUGGACUCAACCACACUGUCUGUCUCACCACUCUCCUCUCAGGUGCAGGUCUUGCCUCUUAGCCCCCGCAAACGCCUAGGUGAUGACAAUCGUUGCAACGUUACCCAAUUGUUACCUUGCUCCCCGACUAAGCAGAGUAAAAAGGAGAACAGCUUUUCACCCACCUCCCGCAAGGGGCAAACUUUACUCUUCAACGAGUAUUCGCCCCCCAAGUCUCCAACCAAGAGUAGCAGUUUGGUUUCUUCUCUGCUCCGUAGGGAUUGGGAGACCCCCAGUACUUCACAGCAUCCCUACCCAAAAAAAGAGCUAGUGUGUACGCGUCUCUUUAAGCAAGAAGGCUCCAGUUAUCAACAGGCAAAGAGUCUCCUGCACACAGCUAUUCCAGACCACCUGCAUGCAAGGGAGAAGGAGACAGGUGUCCUGCAUCGAUUCCUCCGGGAACAUGUCUGUAGGGAGAAGCCUGGAAGCCUUUAUAUCUCUGGAGCACCAGGCACUGGGAAAACUGCCUGCCUCAACAGGGCCCUACUAGACUUAAAGACUGAGCUCGCUGGGAGUCAGACCAUUGUCUUAAACUGCAUGACCCUGAGAAGCUCCCAGGCUGUUUUCCCAGCAAUUGCUGAACAACUGGGCCAGUCUGGAGCAGACAAAACAGGCAGAGGUGAUGUCAGCAGAAAGCUGGAGAAACGGCUAACGUCAGAAAGUGCACCUAUGGUUUUGGUUGUGUUAGAUGAGAUGGAUCAGCUGGACUGCAAGGGACAAGAUGUACUCUACACGGUGUUUGAGUGGCCCUCCCUCCCCAACUCCCGGCUUGUUCUCAUUGGUAUAGCCAAUGCCCUGGACCUCACUGAUCGGAUCCUGCCCCGCCUGCAGGCGCACCCCAAGUGCAGACCACAGCUGCUAAACUUUCCACCAUACAACAAAGACCAGCUUGCUUCCAUUCUUCAGGAACGUCUGAAACAGGUGUCAGGGGAGCAGGUGUUGGACAAUGCUGCCAUACAGUUCUGUGCUCGGAAAGUCUCUGCCAUCUCUGGGGAUGCCCGCAAAGCUCUGGACAUCUGCAGGAGGGCCAUUGAAAUUGUGGAAUCGGAUGUGAAGACCCAAACUGUGCUCGAACUGCGGCCUGCCAGCAAAUCCCUUUGUAAAACAGCCACAAGCUCAGCAGUGCCCAAGCAAGUGAGGCUGCUCCACAUAUCCCAGGUGAUCUCUGAUGUGUAUGGUGACCGGAUGGCAUCUGUUAAUGGCCGUGGCGAUUCUGAUUCCUUCCCCUUGCAACAAAAAAUAUUGGUCUGUUCUCUGCUGCUCUUAACCAAGAAACAGAAAGCCAAAGAGGUGACCCUGGGAAAGCUGCAUGAAGCCUACAGCAGAGUUUGCCAGAAGCAGCAAGUGGGAGCUAUUGACCAGUCAGAGUCUCUCUCACUCUCGGCCCUCUUGGAAUCCAGGGGUAUUGUGGGGUUGAAGAAGGCUAAAGAAGCACGGCUGACAAAGGUCUUUUUGAAGAUAGAAGAGAAGGACGUGGAGCAUGCCCUCAAGGACAGAGUCUUGGUUGGAAGCAUCUUGGCCAUGGGACUUUAGAAUUGCCUACAUUCUACCCCCACCCCCAGCCUUCCCAGCCUCUUUUUUGAACCCCAUUCUCUCCCACACCCACCCCCCAGUCCCCUGUGUUACCUUUUUCUCUAUUCCUCCCUCACCUGUACAUAUAUUGGAACUGCCUGUUCCACUCCUGGGCUCCCUGGCUGCCUGUUUUCAAUACCACCAGUGAAAGAGAAUGAGGGGUGUCAGCAAGAGAGCGCAUCUGCAGAAACAAAACCAUUAACGUCACGAGACGAAAUAAGAGAGCCGCAGCUUCUCUUGUGAACUCCUUUGAAGUUGGACUGUUUCCGCAAAGCAGAUGUCGCUCAUGCUCAGGCUUAGUGUCUUGGGAGCUGCGGUGGGGCUUAGUGAGAGAGAGACACACGCACGCACACACAGAGGCUCUGAGCAUCUUGAUGUUUAUGAACUAUGGAUUCAGCCCCAGCACUGAAACUGGUUUAGGCCUGGGGCAAAGAGCUGAUCUGUUAUAUUCCUGAGCCGCUUCUUGUGAAGAGUUGGUUGGUUUGUGUGAAUCUAAAAUUCUUGCUAAGCAUGCCAGGCUGGCUUUUGAGUUACAUUAUACGUUGCGUGGUCAUGUAUGUAUGUGUAUAUUAAAGAUUUUUAUUCGAACAGUCCGGUUCACAUUUCAAAUGCCAGAUGUAUUUUCAAAUUGCUCUUCACCCCAGAAUGGCAUUGAACCUGAAAAAGAAGAACAUUUCAGGAUGUCUCUCCCCACUCGUCUCCCUGCAAUGAAUUUAUAAUAUUUCUAAUGUAUUGA